GUUUACCAUUUUCAAAGGCAGCAAGAAUUAAUGGAGAUGGAGGAGUGGUGCUAGACAAAUGUAAUCCCUUUACUUGCGAAUUCAAAUGCAAAUUUUGGGGAGCUCACUGUAGGAAAGGCAAAUGCUACUGCGAUAAGAAGCUCAAGUUCAGCAAGACGGCCGGGAAGGAAGGAGAAGUUCAGCAAGACGGCCGGGAAGGAAGGAGUGAGAAUCAGAAAGAUUGA